AUGAUAAUUGAUGGUGACAAGGGAAUGGACUCUAUAGCAGUUCUUUCUGACAGAGUUGCGUUAUCUGAUGACAAUGCGCCAAUGCCAGCUGAUAAGACACAAUUAGGGUCAUGGUUUGAUACACAUGUAACGCCUUUAGAUAAAAGAAAGAGUACCUUGGACCCCGCAUUGGUGGCUGCUGAACAAGGUGUCAAGAUUGUGAAGGUCAUGCAAGAUGGCAGUGGGGAAUUCAAGACCAUCACCGAUGCCCUUAAAAGCAUUCCCAGUGGGAACACCCAGCGUAUAAUUUUGUACAUUGGACCUGGAAAUUACAACGAGAAAAUCACAGUUGAGAAGACUAAACCUUUCAUCACCUUCUACGGGGCACCUGGUAAAAUGCCAAACAUUACCUACGGGGGCACGGCAAAACAAUAUGGCACUGUUGAUAGUGCCACAGUGAUCGUUCUAUCAGAUUACUUUGUGGCAGCCAACAUAAUGAUCUCGAACUCAGCACCAAGACCUGAUAUAAACACUAAAGGAGGUCAAGCAGUUGCAUUACGAAUUUCUGGAGACAAAGCAUCAUUUUAUGAUGUCCAGCUAUACGGGUUCCAAGACACAGUGUGCGAUGAUGCACAUAGACAUUUUUUCAAAAACUGCUACAUUCAAGGAACCGUUGAUUAUAUUUUUGGAAGUGGGAAGUCACUAUAUGUGAAUUGUGAACUAAGAACGCUUGGCGAUGCUAUGGAUACUUUUAUAACCGCACAAGCAAGAAAAAAUGAGCAAGAGGACAAUGGAUACUUCUUCGUACAUUGUGAACUUACUGGAACCGGAACUGGUGCUUACUUGGGAAGAGCGUGGUUUUCUCAUUCCACAGUGGUGUUUUCUUACUGUAACAUGGGUAACAUUUUCAACAAGGUAGCCUGGAGUAACAACAAUCACAAGGAAUAUGACAAGUAA